AGCCGUUUUGAAAACCGAAAGUAAUGAUCUUGUUUUUGCUUAUUGUUGCUAGCUUAACGGAACUGUAAUUCGGCAACCUUUGAACCUCCAACUCUAGGCUGCAUAAUUUGGUAAUUAUGAGUAGAGAGCUCGAGAAAAGCUGCGACGGACAGACACUGGGUUGCUUUCACGGAGAUCAUUCUGCACAGAUUCUGUGCAGAAUCUGACAGGAUGGCUGUGACAGAGGAUUUGAAAGAACAGGAGGAGACCAGUCCCAGACCGGAGGAGGAGAAGCAGAAACCCCAGCUCUGGAAGUGGUCUGUUAUCUUCCUCUGUUUAUAUGGAUUCAUGGCUCAGCUCAAACCUGGAGACAGCUUCAUCACCCCUUUGCUGCUGAGUUUAGAAAAGAACUUCACCAGGGAAGAGGUAACCAAUGAGAUCACUCCAGUGCUCUCCUACUCUUACAUGGUGGUUUUGGUGCCGGUGUUCUUGCUGACAGACUAUCUGCGCUACAAGCCCGUCUUGAUCCUGCAGAGCCUCAGCCACAUCUCAGUCUGGCUCAUCCUGCUAUUGGGCACAAGCCUGCUGGAGAUGCAGUUCAUGGAGUUCUUCUAUGGCAUCACCAUGGCAGCACGGGUGGCCUAUUCCUCCUACAUCUUCUCGCUAGUCGCUCCCUCCCUCUACCAGCAAGUGGCCAGCUACUCUCGCACCUCUGUGUUGUUGGGAGUCUUUACCAGCUCUGCCCUUGGCCAGCUCUGUGUGUCUGUGGGGGAAGUCUCCUAUGGCACCCUCUCCAAGAUCUCCCUGGGCUUUGUGAUCUUCGGCUUCGCACUAACACUGUUUUUGCCAUGGCCCAAGCGAAGCUUGUUUUUCAACAGGAAAUUGCAGGGCCCAGAGGAGGCCUCGCCUGCAGAGAUGGACCAGAUGAACCGCGAUUGCCCUCAGCCCACUGCUGCUAAAACAGUGUCUGCCUGGCGGAACUCUGUUUUCUUUCAAAUGCUAAAGGAACUUUUGAAUGUGGUCAGGCUUCCCCAGCUACAAGUGUGGUCCCUCUGGUGGAUCUUUAACACAGCUGGAUACUACCUGAUGGUCUAUUACGUCCAUGUACUCUGGAAUGAGGUCUACCCAACCAGUGAGAAUAAACAUGUUUAUAAUGGAGGGGUGGACGCCGCAUCUACACUUCUAGGUGCCCUGGCUUCAUUUGCUGCAGGGUAUGUGAAAAUCCGCUGGUCUCUGUGGUCCGAGCUUGUGAUUGGCAUUGUCACAGCCCUUCAGGCUGGUCUACUGAUAGUCAUGAGCACCACAUCAAAUAUCUGGGUGUGCUACGUCACUUCCGCCCUGUUUAGAAGUGCCUACCAGUUCCUUGUGCCUAUAGCCACUUUCCAGAUCGCUUCCUCUCUCACAAAAGAACUCUGCGCCUUGGUGUUUGGAGUUAAUACUUUCCUCGCCACAAUUUUGAAGACCAUCAUCACAAUUAUCAUUGCAGAUAAGCGAGGACUGGCUCUGGCGGUACAUCCGCAGUUUUUUGUUUAUUCGGGCUACUUCGCAUUGCUAGCUGUGAUCUACUUUGGAGCAGCAGCCAACGUUAUCAUAAAGCACUUCCGCAAUGAGAAGCCAGCGACUCUGAACCAGAACGGAGACAUAGAGCUGUGCAGUACAAUGAUGGUUGCCAACGACGCAGAGAAACUGACCAUUGGGAAGGUCUGAAACCAAGGAAUGUAUUUCAAAAGCUGGACAUUUCUGUGCAAAACUAUUUAUUCCGAUUUGCUUUUCAGGUUACAAAAACAUGGGUGUUGGGCUCCCGAGUGGCGCACCCAGUAAAGGCGGGGGGGUUGCGAGCGGUGAGCCGAGGAUACAGAUAAUGAUUGGGCAUACUAAAUUGGGGAGAAAACCGGGGUAAAAAAUUGGCGACGACUAAAUUUAAAACAAAAACAUGGGUGUUUUUAGUCAGUGACCCAUGUCAUGAACUGGUGUGGUGAUCACAGACUGUCAUCUUGUUCAUCAGUUGUGGUAUGUACACCUCUACAAUGUGUAGAUAGAUACACAGAAUCCUUGAACACAAUGACAAUUGGAAUGCUAUGUCAGUGGCAAAGCUGGAAUUCCAGAUCUCAAUAAGUACUUGCUAGAGUAAAAAUCUAGAGUGAAUCUAAAUCUAAAGAAAGCGCAGUCAUCACAGUGUUAAGAAUAUUGAAAUUCUGCCCAAUGGCUCAUCAGUUAUAUGGCUCUAAUAUUUGAUUUAUGGGAGCCAAUUGUAACCAUGUACUGUACGUAUGCAUGAACAGUAUGUAAAAUUUGAAACCAGUCCAUUUUAUCAACAUCAAAUUCGAGCAUUUCUGCGCUUUCCUCCAAUUCAUUUUUUCAUUAUUUUGUUUUUUCUCAAUUCAUUCUUCUAUUUAUCUUCAUGAGCACUUUACCUUUAGCACCUACAUUUUUAAAUAUAAAAUAGGGGUAACCAUAUCUUAGUACCCAGCAAUUACUGAUUUAAAUGUAAGUGUGUAACAGAACUCCAUUGAAUCGGCUGCAUCCCAAUUAGUGGGUAUGUUGAUACCCCUUGCACUUUAUCGCUACAAAAUGGCCUUUUAGAGUAAGUCUGGCUUUUCAAAAAGCACCUAAAAAUAGUGGGUACCCAAAUGUGCAAUUAUGCAGCAACUGAACCAAUAAUUGGAUAAACAUUGUAGCUAAUAAGAUGUCUGUUGAUUAGGAGGUUGUCUUUGUUGUGUCCCCUACAGUAUUAUCCCAAUACCGCAGUUAAACCUGGUGUUUUUGAAGUCAGUGUUUCACUUUACACUGCCACUGUGUAAAAACAAAUAAAAUUUAAGAGGCUAUACAUCAGGAGGUGUAUCCCUGUGAAAAUGCUGCUCUCUGCAACCACUGCCUUCUGUAUGUGAACAGGGGUAGCGGUAGGGGGGGCGUGGGUGGGCUGAAGCCACCCCAAAGUUUACCUCAGCCCCCCCCGUAGCCCCACCACUGAAAAAUUAAAAAGGGAUAUCUCCAAUUUUGGAAUUAUCGACGUGACUUAGUUGUGUAAGACUUAAUGUUGGAUUCAACAAUUGAAAACCAUUCCAGGCAUCGUCUUCAAGGCGACUUUAAUCAGGGACCAGCAAUACAGUACAAACAUUCAAUGUGAACUCAGGGACUGGGCGCUUGCUGUGUGAGCACCGACAACAAGCUACUCGCUUUCAUGCUGAAGGGGGAACUGCAUUACUACUAAACAUUCCCUCCAGGAAAUGCUAUCUCACUAACUCUUGUAUUGAUUCUAUUUCACCACGUUCAAAAGUUCCCUACUAGUUUCUAUUUAAAAAACACAUUUAGCAACUCGUACUGGUUUACUUUUAAACACUAUAUUUAGUUUAACUUUCAGUUGUUAACAAUCAGUGUUAUUUAAAGUUUCUAAUUAUUUCAACUUCUACCCCUUGCUUAAACAUUUAAAUAUAACCUAUACAUUACAGUUAUUUGUCCACUUCAUGACUGCUUAUUGUAGUACAGUGUAAGGGGCAGUGUUGUGUGGUACACUGCCGUUCAGAUCCUGCCCUGUGUCGGGGAGAUGAGAUAAUAUUAAAAACUCUAAAACCACAACUGAACACAAGCCCAGCUCUUUUGCAUUGUGAUUUACACUCCAUUCACACAGGUGCAUCGAAUGUCCAAUUGAUUUUUAUGCUGUAAUGUAUUUUUCAAUAUGUGUAGAUAAUAAUGAAUAACAACGAAGCCACUGUAUUUUUGGAUUUAAGCACCAGGGUAAUGAACCCAGGUUUGCAUUUAUGUAAUCUGAGGAUAGAUACACUUCUUUUGAUAUACCUUUCUCAUUCAGACUGAUUCAUCAAGUGUUCUGUGGAGGGAUUUUAUUUUCUGCUGGCAGAUUUGCACCAUCCAGUGUCUGUUUAGUAUCACUGCAUUAGAAAUGAAAAAGCAGUGCUUUUCAGCUGUUAUAGUGCAGGUUUUUGUUCCAUCAGUGAAUACAUAUUUUAUUUGUAACCCUUUUCUGUACUCUAUAAAGGCAGUGAAGCUAUUUAAUGAGUGAUCUUCAGAUUAUAAUAUGCUGGUUUAUUGAUUAGAUAGCCAGCUGAUACUGUAUAAAUCACAGUACAGGUUUACAUCAGGCAAAGUGCAGGAAACCAUUACUUGGAUUCAGAUUUUUACAGUAAAAACAAUAUUAAAUAUGUGUAUAUUCUUUAUGUAAUAUGUAAUCAUCCACUGAUUCUUAGAAAACAGAGUACACAGUAAUUGUGUUUUAUAUUAAAAUGUAUUUAAUUGUUUGUUUGUUUGUUUGUUUGUUUUAUGGGAAGAAUUACAGUUGUGAUGAGAUCCUUACUGUUAGGACAGGGUAUAAUGCUUGGUGCAGAGCAAAGUGAAAAUGUUAGUCAAAAACAGAUCGUCAGUGGACAUUGUUUCAAACCUGCCAAGAGAAUUGGAAGGCUGCGAGUAAUAAACAACAAUAAUAAAAUAAAACGUACCUGCAGUAGACAAUAUUUGCUGUACCAAUACAGGUAUAGCUUUGGUGCUGAUGGAAACUUGGUAUUACAGUGCUCCCCUGCAACGCAUGACAUUGUACAAGAUAACAUAAUUAUUGCUAAGGGAUGUAUUAUACCCCUUUAAACCAUUGCACCACAAUUUUCUGGUGAAUAUGACAGGAGUCUUAAAUGGGGAGCACGGUAUAAUCUACUGGAUUUACUCAAACCUUCUGGCUGUCAUGUUUAAGCCCGUUUCAGAAUGGUUGUUAGUUGCCAAUCUCUACAAUGUUUCACUUUAUAAGUGAAGUGAGGGCUUGGUAGAGGCAGUCCUUUACAGAAAGAAGCUUGUAACGAUUGAUUCUCAGGAUCUGUUUCUGACUGCUUAUAUUUUGGUAUGGCAUUAUCAAAACCUUUAAUUACAAAACCCUUUUAUUAUCCUCAUUCUGACUGCUUUGAAAUGGACCGAUACCUAGUUGGGCUACCAGUUUACGUUGAAAAACUGUAUAUAUAAAUGUGUAGAAAUAAAAUUUGCAUAGUUUUCAUAAAUAUGGAAUUAUUAUAUAUUCAAUGUAUACAUACAAUUACAAAUAAA